AAAGCAUCAAUGUGUCUACGGUUUUCGCUUCUAACUGUGUGUGCGUAAUAUUUGAUGCGUUUACAUAUACAAAUGAUGAACAGAAAUUCUUAUUCUAUUCAUCAUAUGUGCACACAUUAGUAACUCCGAACGAGACGCCGAUCCUAAUUAUUCAGUAUUUAAAAAAUCAUGGAGUCAUUUAAGCAAAAUGACGGCAAUCGUGAUGAGUUAAUUAUUCAGCAGCAAAGGGAGAUUGAGAAGGAGAUCAGCGAUACUACUCCCUUGGUGAGCGAGCAGUUGCCGCUAACUUGUUUGUGGACCGAAUACAAUGGCGACGACAUAUUCACAGCCAAGAUCCAGGAUCUGUCCACCAAGUACAAGUUCAUUCGCCGCACCCGCCCCGAUGGAAACUGUUUCUUCAGAGCCUUUGCAUAUUCGUACUUGGAAUAUUUGAUCUCAAACAGUAGUGCUUACCAGGAGUUCCGAAAACUGGCCGAGGAGUCCAAGGAUAAGCUUGUCCAGCUGGGUUUUCCUAGUUUCACAUUAGAGGACUUCCAUGAGACUUUUAUGGAAGUCAUUAAGCGCGUUAGUCCCGACAAUCCAGGUGGACAGAGCAAGGUCCAGAGCGAACUACACAAAAUCUUCAAUGAGCAGGGCUACUCGGACUACGUGGUGGUUUACUUACGUCUGAUUACGUCGGGAAAACUUCAGGAGGAGGCUGACUUUUACCAAAACUUUAUAGAGGGCGACUUCACCAUUGAAGAGUUCCGACACCAAGAAGUGGAACCCAUGUACAAGGAAUCGGAUCAUAUUCACAUAAUCGCCUUGUGCACUGCCCUCGGCGCAGGAGUCCGCGUUGAAUACUUGGACCGUGGUGAGGGAGGCACUGUCAAGGCUCACGACUUCCCCGAGGGAACAGAGCCCCGAAUUUACCUCAUAUACAGACCAGGUCACUACGAUAUACUGUAUCCAAAUUAAAUUGCUCUUAAUAAUAAUUUUUAUGUAUAUAAGAUGUAAAAUAAAUUACUAUUUAUUUGCAUAUAUAAUAUUA